GAGCAGCAGCCAGCCCAGGGCGCCAAGGGAAGCUGCGGGCGGCGGAGCCGCAGCCCCCCUGGCUGAGACAGGGGCUCCUUUCUGGUGGAGGGAGCCCAGGGCAGAAAGGGAGAAGAGCUGGUGCAAUGACAGGCAGAAACUGAAGAGCGUUUGAAGCUUUCUGUUCCUACACAGGUUUUCUCCCUUAGCUGAGCAAGUGACACACAGAGAAACAUGCCUGAGCAAAGCAACGAUUAUAGGGUAGUCGUGUUUGGAGCUGGAGGAGUGGGAAAAAGUUCUUUGGUCUUGAGAUUUGUGAAGGGCACUUUCAGAGAGAGCUACAUCCCUACCAUUGAAGACACCUAUCGGCAGGUGAUCAGCUGUGAUAAGAGCAUAUGCACUUUGCAGAUAACUGACACCACAGGGAGCCAUCAAUUUCCAGCCAUGCAACGUCUCUCUAUUUCUAAAGGACAUGCUUUUAUUUUGGUUUACUCUAUCACCAGCCGACAGUCCUUGGAGGAGCUCAAGCCAAUCUACGAGCAAAUAUGUCAGAUUAAAGGAGACAUAGAAAGCAUUCCAAUAAUGCUGGUGGGGAACAAAAAUGAUGAGAACCAAAAUCGAGAGGUAGAAAGCAGUGAAGGAGAAGCCAUGGCUAAGAAAUGGAAAUGUGCCUUCAUGGAGACCUCUGCCAAGACGAACCACAAUGUGAAAGAGUUAUUCCAAGAAUUGCUAAACCUGGAGAAACGCAGGACUGUGAGUUUGCAAAUUGAUGGCAAAAAAAGCAAGCAACAGAAAAGGAAGGAGAAGCUGAAAGGAAAAUGUGUGGUGAUGUGAAAUUGCACUGUCAGGAAUCAGCUGUGAAGUCUCAUCUGACGAUAUGCAUGUAAACCCAUAGACAGCAAACAACCAUGCAAGAUCCUAUUUAUUAGUAUCUGUUUUAAAAGAAAUACUUGGAAAUUGAAAAAAUGACGUACUGUGAUUGCUUUGAAAAAAAUGGAAAAAUAAAAAUAUGUGUAGUCUCACAUUCAAUUAAAGCAUAUCAGGAAGAAAACAAAAGAUGAGCCAGAAUACCUUAUUUUGUGAUUUACAAAAAAGUAUUGUCAUCAUUCACAUAAAAUGAAAUACUGGAAAAUCAACUUAAUAUUAUCUGCAUUUACAUAUAAUCACAAGAGGAAACAAUAUAUAAUAACAGAAGAAAAACAAAUAAAUGGUAGUGAAGAAACCUAGAACAUACAAAUACAUGCUGGAUGGUGUCAAUCAUUUCCUUCAAGAACACUGUGGAUGAACAAUUCUAUUGUAAUUACUGACUGGUGGGAGAGUGUGCAUAAGACAGUCUUGGAUCGCCUGAAUAAAUGAACUGUUGCACAGUAGAAGGAAGUGUGGGGAUAGCAGUGAAAAGGGACAGAUAUUGUCUCUAUGCCUCCAGCAUGAUACUUCUUUCUAGGAUGAUGCAGAGUUUCAACUGACAGCUGUGGAAAAGCCAGUUCCUGUAAGUUGGAGAUCACCACUUCUGGGCUCAUUGUUUCAAGGAUGACCCGAGUUUCUGGCCCAAAUAUAUUUCAGAAGGACAAACAUUUAUUUGUGGAGAAUGCCAGAUGGAAUUGUGUGCAUAUAAAACCAGAAAGCUUCCCCAGACAGAACGGGCUGGGUAGCUGCCUACGAAAGCCUCUGUGGGAGAGACUCAGUUCUAAUGCUGCUGCCAGUUAGAUGAACACGUGGUGUGGUUGGUGAAUGAAUUGAAUGUCUUUUGAAUUGGUUGUACCCUUGGGUUGGGGUUGGCAUAAUAUACAAAUUAUCAUAUUAGCUGACUGAUACUUCUUUGCAUUACUAUAUUCCAGUUAGAAGGGUUUAUGCUCAUGCCCUGCAAGAUCUAUUGCCUUUAUAUUGUCUGAAGUAUUUUAUAUUUGCCAUUUAAACUAAUGAUUUGAACUGCUGUGACUAUUCAUAGAACCAAAUCUAUAUCUGAAAUUAAUGCCCACAAGAGUCUCUAAAAUGAGGGUUUUUUGGGAUAAGCACUACAGCAUCUGAACUAUUCUGCAGUCAGAACUGUGUUAUAAUGCAAUACAAAGUUCAGAACAGAAAACACAUUAUUUAAAACAUCCUGUCAGGGGAAACUGUUCUUCUCAAAACCUUUGAAAGGGGAAUAAGAGUAAAAAUUGUGAGCUUUCCUGGAUGUCUGUCCAAAGCUUUUUAAAAAACUUAUAUGAAUGACUGAAGUAUGUAUCCUAGUGAUGACAAAGGCCAUCUAAGAUAAAAUAAGCACAUACAAUUUUUAAAGGACAUAUUAAAAUUGUGUAACUCUCAAUUUGUACCUUAGGAACUGCUUUGAACCAAUAAAAAGAGCCUACCAUAUUUUUAGUAAAUGUUUAUGUCAAGAAACGUGGGAAAAUGAAGUUGAGUACUAAUACUAUUAGCCUGCAUGCUAGUGCAUUAUAAAUAUCUUCCAGGGGAUGUUCAAAUGCAGUGUUUGCAUUAAAAUUUGCUACCUUGUUCCUUUCAAAGUUAUUGCUUGCUUAUCUUCCACAUUUCUAGCAAAUGUGCAGAUAUUUCAGAGUUAGAGUAAUAGCAUACACAAGAAUUGGUACUAGCACUGUCUAGAAAGGAGCACAACUUCUGUCAUUCAGUCGGAAGAGAUGCUGGCACCUGUAGAAUUGAAUGUGAAACUCCUACUGAUUUCAAAGAGACAAUUUUUUUGGUGUUUAUUUUGUUGCAUUAAGAAGAGAAAACUGGAAAGAGCAUGGAAAAGCUAAUGCUCUUCAUUAACAGUAAAUUCCAGGCUCUUACACAACACUCUUUCUUCAUAAAUCUCAAAGCACUUUGCAAAAAUGACGACAUCAUUUUCUUAACUUCUCAGGUGGUGAAAGUGAGGCACAGAGAGAGGAAACAACUGCACAUAGAUCAUCUAGUAGGAUAGUGACAGACCCAGGAACAAAAGCAGAUCUCCUCUGUCACUGUCCAGUGCUCUUUCUGUGUUUUGUCAGACUCUCUCUUCACAUUCUUAAAUAGUUCCUGAAACACAUAAAGAAGCCUGGUUUGACCUAUACAGCCAAGUGCAUCUUUCUUGACAGUCUGUCAAUAGAUCAAAAAAUAUUUCCACAUCAGGGAUGUGAAACACUUAAAAGCACUAUGUUUAGUAAGACUUUUAUAAAUGUUUAUACAUUUAGUCUUUGUAAAAAAAAUUUGCUGAUGAUGCUCAACGUCACAGCAAUGGAUUCCAUGGAUGAAGCUGGAAAAUCAGAAAAAUUAUCGACGUUAAGGCAUAAUGGGUCACAUACAGAGGUCAAAAGCAGAGAGGUUGCCCUCAGAUGCUAACAUACCGGUGCCAAAGGUCAUCAUGUGUGGCACAUGCCUUAGCAGCCAGCAUAGAAUUAUGACAGAAUCUCAAAGAGAAAAAUAAAAGCUUUUAUGUAUAGAACCUUUUAACAUUAUUGCUUGAACUGAAGGAAUUACUUACAUAGUAAAAUAUCUUGCAGAAGUACAAUAUAGGGGAUCUAAAUUACUUAAAAUGUACUGACUGCAAAGAUAUUACAGGCUGAAAUUUAGCCCUGGACUUUUUUUUUGAAUGUGCCUCAUAGCAAGAAUAGAAUAAUUGUAUAGCAAAGAUGGAAAUAAAACAAGUACUUGCCAAUAUUUAGGCUUGAGGACCAUAUUCCUUUAGUUCCCAGCUGACUCCUCACCUGCUAUGUAAUAAGCCAUGAAGUAUUUCAUGGACUUGCAUGUAUCAAAGCAAGGCCAGAAAAGAAGCAAUAUUACUCAAGGACCACAGACUCAAAAGAGAGCAUAUUUUAUACCCUUGCAUUGCCAUUCUUGUUUCUACUAUUAGAUUUUACAUAUCUUGCAUACAUGUGAGCUGGUUUAAAAUAUUUGUUUUGCUAUUACAUAUAGAAUUAUUUUUUUUAAUAUGGAAAAAAUAAGGUAGAACAAGAAAAUAUAAAGCUUUAUUACAUUUGGUGUUUUAUUUGGGAAUGUGGUAUGACUGUAAUAGCCUGUUUAAAAUGUACAUGCAAAAUAUUUAAAACAUGUAAGUUCUACAGUGAAUUUUAGCACCCAGAAAACUUAGCCAAAAUAGAUCUUUAAAAUGCAUGACUUUUAUAUGUAGAUAUGAAAUAUUAAGGUAUGUUCUUGUCAUGAAAAUGUGUUGUUGCAAUUUCUUUAGCAAAUAUUUUGGUUUAAAACUGAAUAAGAAGUCAUUUGUGUCUACUAGUUUCCAUGUUUGUGGUGAUCUAAACAUUCAAAAUAAAGUUUUAAAUCAUAACACAA